GGAUUAGCGCCCGCUGGAGCCUCCUGCGCCCGUUGAGGCGCUAAAGGGCUUACCCGGGAGGGGGGUGGAAGGGCGGAGAGAGGCUCCCCCUUAAAUACCGCUCCCCCGCCACACUCGAGCUCACCCCGGCUCCAGCUGCCUCCCUCGCUCGCCGCUGCCGGAAAGGAGCCGAAAAGAAGGGGGGCGUUCCCAGACCAUGGCCUCGGCGGAAGGUGCCAACAAUAUGCCCAAGCAGGUGGAAGUGCGUAUGCAUGACAGCCACCUCAGCUCAGAAGAGCCCAAGCACCGAAACCUGUGCCUGCGCCUGUGCGACAAACUGGGGAAGAACCUCCUGCUCUCACUGACGGUGUUUGGUGUCAUCCUAGGGGCAGUAUGUGGAGGGCUCCUGCGUUUGGCAUCUCCCAUCCAUCCUGAUGUGGUCAUGUUAAUAGCCUUCCCAGGGGACAUACUCAUGAGGAUGCUAAAGAUGCUCAUCCUUCCUCUCAUCAUCUCUAGUUUAAUAACAGGGUUGUCAGGCCUGGAUGCUAAAGCCAGUGGCCGCCUAGGGACAAGAGCCAUGGUAUAUUACAUGUCCACCACCAUCAUCGCCGCCGUGCUGGGUGUCAUCCUUGUCUUGGCCAUCCACCCCGGCAACCCCAAACUCAAAAAGCAGCUGGGGCCUGGGAAGAAGAAUGAUGAAGUGUCCAGUCUGGAUGCCUUCCUGGAUCUUAUUCGAAAUCUCUUCCCUGAAAACCUGGUCCAAGCCUGUUUCCAACAGAUUCAGACAGUGACGAAGAAAGUCCUGGUGGCCCCUCAGACAGAAGAGGCCAAUGCAACCAAUGCUGUCAUCUCCCUGUUGAAUGAGACUGCCACUGAGGCCCCUGAGGAAACCAAGAUGGUCAUUAAGAAGGGCCUGGAGUUCAAGGACGGGAUGAAUGUCUUAGGUCUGAUUGGGUUUUUCAUUGCUUUUGGCAUUGCCAUGGGGAAGAUGGGCGAACAGGCAAAGCUGAUGGUGGAGUUCUUCAACAUAUUGAAUGAGAUUGUAAUGAAGUUAGUGAUUAUGAUCAUGUGGUACUCUCCCCUGGGUAUCGCCUGCCUCAUUUGUGGGAAGAUCAUUGCAAUCAAGGACUUAGAAGUGGUUGCUAGACAACUGGGGAUGUAUAUGAUAACAGUGAUCGUGGGCCUCAUUAUUCAUGGGGGCAUCUUUCUCCCUUUGAUUUACUUUGUAGUGACCAGGAAGAACCCUUUCUCCUUUUUCGCUGGCAUUUUCCAAGCUUGGAUCACUGCCCUGGGUACUGCUUCCAGUGCUGGAACUUUGCCUGUCACUUUCCGUUGCCUGGAAGAAAAUCUGGGGAUUGAUAAACGCGUGACCAGAUUUGUCCUCCCAGUUGGGGCAACCAUUAACAUGGAUGGAACAGCCCUUUAUGAAGCAGUGGCUGCCAUCUUUAUAGCCCAAAUGAAUGGUGUCAUCCUGGACGGAGGUCAGAUUGUGACUGUCAGCCUCACGGCCACACUGGCAAGCGUUGGUGCGGCCAGUAUCCCCAGUGCUGGGUUGGUCACCAUGCUCCUCAUUCUCACAGCUGUGGGCCUGCCAACGGAGGACAUCAGUCUGCUGGUGGCUGUGGACUGGCUGCUGGACAGGAUGAGAACGUCAGUCAAUGUUGUGGGCGACUCUUUUGGGGCUGGGAUUGUCUAUCACCUCUCCAAGUCUGAGCUGGACACUAUUGACUCCCAACACCGAGUGCAUGAAGACAUUGAAAUGACCAAGACUCAAUCCAUUUAUGAUGACAUGAAGAACCACAGGGAAAGCAACUCGAAUCAAUGUGUCUAUGCUGCACACAACUCUGUCAUAGUAGAUGAGUGCAAGGUAACUCUGGCAGCCAACGGAAAGUCAGCUGACUGCAGUGUUGAGGAAGAGCCGUGGAAACGUGAAAAAUAAGGAUAUGACUCUCAGCACAUUCUUGAAUAAACUCCCCAGCAUAUCUUCUGGUAAAA